GCACCUUUUUUUUUCUAAGAGUGUCUGUGUUGACUGUUAAAGUUCGAUUAGAGCAACAGGCCAUCAGACACAUCCCUGUGAGGGAGAGAUAAAGGGUGUGUGUGUGUGUGUGUGUGUGUGUGUGUGUGUGUGUGUGUGUGUGUGUGAGCGUGUGUGCUCAGCAUUUUAGAUGUGUCGCUCUAACUCCAGGAAGGGGGCAGGACUGAUCAGUUCAUUGAGUCGUUUCAGCAACCCUGCACUCAUGUUGGCUCGUCACCCUCCGAACACAAACAUGGACGCUUUCACUUUCCUUCUUGGACUUCUCUGGAUCUCCCUUAUGUGUCCUGUUGACUUCGGUGUAGCAGGUGAGGGCUGUUCUGGGAAGGAGCCAGUGAUUGACCCUCCUGCUCUGGUGGUGAGAUACGGAAGUCCAGCUACAGCAACCUGCCGAGUUCAGUACAGUGCUCUCAUGAUGGGCUGGGAGACACCAGUGGGAGCAAAACAGGAAGAGGACGUACAGCAGCUGGUGUGGAGUGUGGACAGCGUCACUGACUGGUCACUGAAUGGAGACAUGUCAUGCUUCGCCGUCUCUGACUAUGGACAAUGUCAGACUUAUAUGCCCAUCACCAUAUACAAAUUGCCAGAGAAUGUAGUCCUUAGCGAUGCUGGUCCACUGGUGGAGGGGCAGCGGUACUCACUGCAGUGUGAGGUUCAGAGUGUGGCUCCAGUGAACAGACUCACCGUCAUCUGGUUCAGAGGGGGCGACGAGCUGCAACGUUCAGCACUCAUUCAGUUCCCUGUUGAGGGCGAUCAGUAUCAGGACGUCACUGAAAACAACUAUGGAAAUCACAGCUUCCAGAGAGGACCACAAUACCUCCUACAGCUGUGCUGCCCAACUGGAUAUGAACACAGCUGAGCCCAUUCCUGUCACCAGAUCUAAUAGUGUCCGACUGGAAGUAUUGUAUAAACUCGGCGUGCAAAGCAGCAUAACCAUCAGCGGUGGUGACAAACUGGGGUUGAGCUGCAUGGAUGAUGUCAACCCCGGCUCCUCCUUCCAGUGGAAGCACAACGGUGUGGAGUUACCGGGUAACAACAACGAAACGCUCCUGAUCAACUCUGUCACUGUUGAUGACGAGGGCGUUUAUGAGUGCAUCAUCAGGAACGACCAAGGAGUAGUGUCUGCAAAGAUGGACGUGAACGUGAACGUGAACGUGACAGUCCACACGACGUUCAAGCAAACCUGCACUGAGCACAUGGAGUCGUUCCCUCUCCUUCUGGGACUUGUAUGGAUAUCUCUGCUGUGUUCUGUGGACGUUCAUGUAUCAGGUCAGAACUGUACUGGGAGGAAGCCAAUCAUCGAACCUCCUGCUUUAGUGGUGAAGUAUGGAGGUCCAGCCACGGCAACCUGCCGCACUGAGUACAAGGCAGAUCUAAUUGGCUGGGAAGCACCCGUGGGAGCUACCAGCCAAGAGAACGCGCAGAGGCUGGUGUGGAAUGUGUCCAGCAUUACUGACUUAGAGGGUGGAAUAAUCUGCUACGCCAACUCUGAAUAUGGGCAGUGUUCGACUAAUCUACCCAUCACUAUUUACACUGGCAUCCAGAUAGGAGCCCUCAUUGGCAUAGUAGUGGUUGCCGUGCUGUUCCUGAUCCUGGCCAUGGUGAUUCUGAUUUGGCUGUUCAGCAGAAGAUAGGAGCGCCGCUGGUGGGAAUGAUCCGGUGGAAGCGCUUCAAGAAGUGACAAGAGAGUAUGGAAUCAAAAUCAGACUCAAAAGUUGUGUAUAAAAUAAAUAUGUGUACAGUAUAUCACAACUUCAGAUAGUAGAAAUUAUUUGUAAAAAAUGUUUUCAUGAAAAGGAUUUCUAUAAGCUAUCAUUAGUAUUACAAACAUGAACUGCACUUACACAUCUAAUUAUUCAAGUUGUGCAGUGUGCACACAUACAGCACUUUAGAGUGUGAUUCCAUAAUAGCCCCUCCAUGAGACAUAGACUCUUCUCCUGGCUUCAGCUGAGUUUAUCAAAGGUCCCAUAUCAGACCCAAGACCCACAGUGAUGACUGACCAUUACUGUACGCAGACACUACAUUUCUGUUAAUGUGCCUUAAUACAUCUGUGUUCAUGUUUGUUUAAUUUAUUGCAACCUAUUACUACUAUUGAAAUAUGUAUAGAGAGUGAACAGAAAUUUGUUUGUGUCAGAGGAUAUGUAAUUUAGUGAAUCUCUAUCUCUCUCUCUCUCUGUGUCUCUUUCUCUCUGCUGGCACAUCGGGGUCCUGUUUGUCCUGGCUGUCGGGACUUAUUUUCCCAAUAAUGACCGGCGUUCUAUUAUAGAAUCUAUUGGACUCUGCCAUCUGUUUUUGUGUGUUAUUGCCCUAUGUGAAAUAAACCUUUUCCACUUUUCAUCCCAA